CGAAAAUUUAUUAAUUUUAAAGGAAUAUAUAAAAAAUACAUUAUAAUAAAUUUAUAAUGUAUUUAUUUCAUAUCGAUAAAGUAUUAUAAAUCCACUUUUUGCUCUAGUGACUGUGGUUUCUGUGAUCCCCACAUGAAGUCGUCGUUCUUAUCUCUUAACUAAAUUUAAAAUAUUCGAUGUAAAGCAAAAUAUAUAUAAAUAGUAUAUAGAGCCACCUUUCUAUAAUCGGUCCUUUAAGAGAGGCGUUAAGAAGCAUUUUCGCAGGCCGGCAAGGUGAGGAUGGUUGGUGUAGCAGUUUAUAAGUGCGGUACCAGCUAUCUUCGCGUUUGGACUUUAUCACCACUUAACAGGAAAGAAGCGUUAGGCAGUAUGGGCAACGACGCGCCCCUGGCUUGUCUCUCCCUGUUCCAGCCACUCACCUAUGAAUACUUCAAGCAACUAUUCGCGCAAGUCACCAACCCGCCCAUCGAUCCUUUCAGAGAGAAGAUAGUGAUGUCUCUGCUAUGCCCGAUCGGCCCCGCGCCCAAUAUCUUGGAGCCAAGCGCCGAGUUCAUGCAUCGAUUGUUCCUGCCGCAACCCAUACUGUCUCUGAAGGAUUUAGACGCGCUACUCAGGAGUUCGUAUCGAGGGUGGAAGACGAAAGUGUUGGACUGCACGUACGAUUACAAAGAAGGCCCGCGCGGAUUGGAGCCGGCGUUGACGCGGAUCGCGAACGAGGCUCACGGCGCGGCCGUCGCCGGCUACCAGCUCAUAGUGCUGUCCGACCGCGCGUCCGGACCGCAGCGGGUGCCCGUCAGCUCGCUGCUGGCGCUGGGUGCUGUUCACCACCACUUGAUCGAAACCCGCCAGCGUAUGAAGGUCGGCCUCUUGGUGGAGACUGCUGAAGCCAGAGAAGUCCACCAUAUGUCUGUGUUACUCGGCUACGGCGCUGACGCUAUCUGUCCAUACCUCGCGUUCGAGUUGGCGUUCGCGUUACGCAACGACAACAUCCUGGACCCCGCGCUCACUGACGACGAUAUCUACAAGGCUUACCAGAAAUCCAUCGAGACUGGACUCGCUAAGGUGAUGGCUAAAAUGGGUAUCAGCACACUACAGUCUUACAAGAGUGCUCAGAUCUUCGAAGCAGUAGGUCUUAGCGAAGAAGUCAUCGACAAAUGUUUCAGAGGAACGCAGUCCAGAAUCGGUGGCGUGAACUUCGAACUUUUGUCCAAGGAAAUAUUCGACAGGCAUGCACUUACUUACAGCAACAUCACCGACUGUCUUGUGUUACGGAACCCAGGUAACUUCCACUGGCGCGCAGGCGGCGAGAAGCACAUCAACGACCCCCUCUCCAUCGCCAAUCUGCAGGAAGCGGUGUUGAGCAACAGCACUUCCGCUUACGACAAAUUCCGGGAGAGCUCAUUGGAGUCGAUCCGCGCGUGCACAUUGCGUGGGCAACUCGAGCUCGUGAAACUGGACGAGCCCAUCCCCAUUAGCGAAGUGGAGCCCGCCGCGGAGAUCGUCAAGAGAUUCGCCACGGGUGCAAUGUCGUUCGGGUCCAUAUCCCUGGAAGCUCACACGACGCUGGCCAUCGCCAUGAACCGCAUCGGCGGCAAGUCCAACACCGGCGAGGGCGGAGAGAACGCCGACAGGUACUUGAACCAGGAUCCUGAAUUCAACAAGCGGUCGGCAAUCAAGCAGGUGGCUUCUGGUCGGUUCGGCGUGACAGCUUCGUAUUUGGCGCACGCUGAUCAUCUGCAGAUCAAGAUGGCGCAGGGAGCCAAGCCCGGCGAGGGCGGAGAGUUGCCCGGCUACAAAGUAACAGAAGACAUCGCCGCCACUCGAUGCUCAGUGCCGGGCGUAGGGCUCAUUUCACCGCCUCCUCAUCACGAUAUCUACUCCAUCGAGGACUUGGCCGAGCUGAUCUACGACCUGAAGUGCGCCAAUCCUUCGGCCGUCGUGUCUGUGAAGCUGGUGUCUGAAGUUGGCGUGGGUGUUGUAGCCUCCGGAGUGGCAAAGGGCAAGGCCGAGCACAUAGUAAUAUCCGGCCACGACGGUGGCACCGGCGCUAGUUCUUGGACGGGAAUAAAAUCAGCCGGUCUCCCGUGGGAGCUGGGCGUGGCAGAAACGCACCAGGUCCUCGUGCUCAACGACUUGAGGUCUCGAGUGGUGGUGCAGGCCGACGGACAGAUACGGACCGGGUUCGAUGUGAUGGUGGCUGCGUUACUAGGAGCUGACGAAUUCGGCUUCAGCACAGCGCCGCUUAUCGCUAUAGGAUGUACAAUGAUGCGCAAAUGCCACUUGAACACUUGUCCCGUGGGGAUCGCCACGCAGGACCCCGUACUACGUAAAAAGUUCGCCGGCAAGCCCGAACAUGUCGUCAACUACUUCUUUAUGCUGGCUGAGGAGGUUCGUCAACACAUGGCUGAAGUAGGCGUACGUAAAUUCCAAGAGCUGAUUGGUCGCACGGACUUGCUCAAAGUGCGUGAGAACAACGACAACCCGAAAGCUCGACUGCUCAAUCUCUCGCUCAUAUUGAAGAAUGCUCUACACAUGCGGCCAGGCGUCAAUAUACACGGUGGAUCUAAGACACAGGACUUCCAACUGGAGAAGCGGUUAGACAACCAGUUAAUAGAACUGUUCGCUGGCGUUAUUUCUGGAACUCAGCGGCACGCGGAGACAACUAUGCACAUCACAAACGAGGACCGCGCCUUCACCUCUACACUGUCAUAUCAUAUCGCCAUGAAAUACGGCGACAAAGGCCUCCCCGACGGCUCCACCAUCGACAUCCACUUGAAAGGCUCCGCGGGGCAGAGCUUCUGCGCUUUCCUGUCCAGAGGCAUCACCGUCACGUUAGAGGGAGACGCCAACGAUUACGUCGGCAAAGGUCUGUCCGGCGGGCAUGUAAUAAUUUACCCUCCGAAGAACUCUUCCUUCGAGUCUCAUUUGAACGUGAUCGUCGGUAACGUGUGCUUGUAUGGUGCUACCUCUGGACGAGCUUACUUCAGAGGUAUAGCGUCGGAACGUUUCUGCGUACGCAACUCGGGCUGCGUCGCCGUGGUAGAAGGCGUCGGUGACCACGGCUGCGAGUACAUGACGGCCGGCUUGGUGCUGGUGCUCGGCCUCACGGGCAGGAACUUCGCCGCGGGCAUGAGCGGUGGCAUCGCCUACGUUUACGACAUCGAUGGAUCGUUCAAGGGCAAGUGCAACCAGGAAAUGGUGGAGCUGCUACCACUGGAAUUACAAGAUGAUUUAGAUGUCGUCAAGGUUCUGCUAGAGGAGUUUGUACAGCUUACUGGAUCCGUAAUCGCUGAAGAGCUGCUAAGCACCUGGCCCGAACCCGCUAAAAUGUUCGUCAAAGUAUUCCCGUAUGAGUACCAGCGCGCCUUGAAGAGGAUGGCCCUGAAGCAGUCACCGCCCAAGAUCGAAGCCAACGGUAGAGACGAGAACGGCGUAGCAGAUAUAGAGGAAGCGGUCAGAGACGUGGAGUUGGAUAAGAAAAACUUGGAGAAGAUCCUUGACAAGACUAGGGGUUUCAUGAAGUACCCGCGCGAAACGUCCGUAUACCGCCCCGCGGAAAAGAGGAUGCGGGACUGGGAAGAAAUCUACAACAGCAGCCAAGUGCGUCGCGGAUUACGCGUACAAGCAGCCAGAUGUAUGGAGUGCGGGGUUCCAUUCUGCCAGAGCCAACAUGGGUGUCCUCUAGGGAAUAUAAUCCCCAAGUGGAACGACCUGGUGUACCGCGCGCAGUGGCCCGACGCGCUGCACCACCUGCUGCAGACUAACAACUUCCCAGAGUUCACCGGUCGCGUUUGCCCGGCGCCGUGCGAAGGCGCCUGCGUGUUGGGCAUAAGCGAGCCCGCUGUCACCAUCAAGAACAUCGAGUGCGCCAUCAUUGAUCACGCGUUCGAAUCCGGAUGGAUAAAACCACAGAUCCCACCCCACCGGAACGGUAAAACGGUGGCAGUGGUCGGCUCCGGGCCGGCAGGACUUGCCUGCGCGCAUCAACUGAACAAGGCUGGCUACUCAGUGACAGUGUUCGAGCGAAAUGAUAGACCCGGUGGUCUACUGCAAUAUGGGAUUCCUUCAAUGAAGCUGAGCAAAGAAGUGGUGGCGAGACGAAUACGCCUGCUCUCGGCCGAAGGCAUCGCCUUCAAGUGCUGCGUCGACGUCGGCAAAGAUAUCUCUGCGCAAGAUCUGGCUAAUGAAUAUGACUCGUUAGUCCUGUGCAUGGGCGCGACUUGGCCUCGCGAUCUCCCCCUCAAAGGUCGGCAGCUUAACGGCAUCCACUUCGCGAUGGAGUUCCUCGAGAACUGGCAGAAGAAACAGGCUGGCCCUGCAUCAGCACAUAAGGCCCCACAAAAGGAUAAUCCACAACUCAGCGCUAAGGAUAAGGACGUGCUUAUCAUCGGAGGCGGUGACACGGGAUGUGACUGCAUAGCGACGUCGCUUCGGCAGGGCGCUAAAUCCAUCACUACCUUCGAAAUCCUACCGGAACCAAAGAAGACGAGAGGCGGCGACAACCCCUGGCCACAGUGGCCGAGAGUGUUCAGGGUUGAUUAUGGGCACGAGGAGGUGAAAGUCAAGUUCGGCAAUGACCCCAGGAAAUUCUCCACGCUCACCAAAGAGUUCUUGGACGAUGGUGAAGGCAACGUCUGCGGCGUUUCCGCCGUGGAGGUGGAGUGGAAGCGCGGCGCGGGAGGGAGAUGGGAGAUGAGCGAGCGAGAGGGAAGUGCGCGCGUGUAUCGAGCAGAUCUCGUGCUGUUAGCUAUGGGCUUCCUCGGCCCCGAGAGAUACGUCGCCAAUCAGCUCGACCUUCCCUUGGACGCACGCAGCAACGUCGAAACCGACAAAGUUAACAUCUACAAUACACCAGUCAAGAAUGUGUUCGCCGCGGGAGAUUGUCGUCGCGGCCAGUCGUUGGUAGUAUGGGCGAUAGCUGAAGGUCGUCAAGCGGCUCGAGCAGUGGAUACUUACUUAGGGGGGAGAUCAUCUCUGCCCGGCCCUGGGGGGGUCAUUCUGGACCAUUAA